AUCACUGAGGUGUGUCUAGGUCUGUUUUUCAGUGGGCCUGCCAGUGAUUCAGUCAGUUUUGUCUGCUGAAAAAAAUAACAUAUAUACUCUAAAUAUUGUAGACUUCAGACAUGAGAUCUGACUGAAUAUAACUGACUGCAUACCAGUUGUUAGAAAUGCCAAAUAUCAAGGUAUUCAGCGGCAGUUCAAACCCUCAGUUGUCACAGAAGAUAGCCGAUCGCCUCGGACUUCAGCUGGGCAAGGUGGUCAGCAAGAAAUUCAGUAACCAAGAGACUUGUGUGGAGAUAGGGGAGAGUGUUCGGGGCGAGGAUGUCUUCAUCGUUCAGAGCGGCUGUGGGGAUGUGAACGACAACCUGAUGGAGCUUCUGAUCAUGAUCAACGCCUGCAAGAAUGCUUCAGCCUCCAGGGUCACCGCCGUCAUACCCUGCUUCCCUUACGCUCGCCAGGAUAAGAAGGAAAAGAGCCGAACGCCCAUCUCCGCCAAGUUAGUAGCCAACAUGUUGUCGGUAUCUGGGGCAGACCACAUCAUCACGAUGGACCUCCACGCCUCACAGAUUCAGGGUUUUUUCGACAUCCCCGUGGACAACCUCUAUGCAGAGCCAACUGUGCUGAAGUGGAUCGUGGUCAACAUCCAUGAUUGGCAGAACUGCGUGAUAGUGUCUCCUCAUGCAGGAGGAGCCAAGAGGGUGACCUCCAUAGCUGACCGCCUGGAUGUAGAUUUUGCUCUGAUUCACAAAGAAAAAAAGAAGGCAAAUGAGGAGCACCGCAUGAUUCUUGUCGGAGAUGUGAGGAAUCGGGUCGCCGUCCUCGUCGAUGACAUCGCAGACACCUGUGAGACUAUCUGUCUUGCAGCUGAUAAGUUAGUGUCCUCCGGUGCCGCGAAGGUUUACGCCAUCGUCAUCCAUGGCAUCUUCUCCGGCCCAGCCAUCGCUCGUCUCAGCAGGACGUGUUUUGAGGCAGUGGUUGUCACCAAUACCAUUCCACAGCAAGAGAAAAUCCUGCAUUGCCCCAAAAUAAAGGUCAUUGACAUCUCCAUGAUCCUCUCAGAGGCAAUUCGGCGGACUCACAACGGCGAGUCAGUGUUAUAUCUGUUCAGCCAUGCCCCACUGGAAUGAUUCAGGAUCCUUCCCAUCAACAGUUGCCAACUCAUGCACCAGCGUGAGUGAAA